AUGGCGAAAUUUAGUUUGUUUGCGCUGGCCACUUGGGUUGGCCUAGCCGCAGCCAAGGACGUCUACUUCAAUUGGAACAUCACUUGGGUUAAUGCAGCCCCUGAUGGGUUUGAGCGCCCAGUAAUUGGUAUCAAUGGCCAAUGGCCCUGCCCACAGAUUGACGUGGACGUGGGCGACCAACUGAUCGUCGAUGUCUACAACGGUCUUGGGAACGAGUCCACAGCUAUCCACUGGCAUGGAAUGCGCCAGGAGGGCAGUGGUGUUAUGGAUGGCGCAGUGGGAGUCACCCAGUGCGCACUUCCUCCCGGCUCACACAUGCAAUAUCACUUUGAUGUCACCGAACCCGGCACAUACUGGUAUCACUCACACAACGCGGGCCAGUAUCCCGAUGGAUUGCGUGGUGUUUUGAUUGUCCACGAUCCCAAUCCUCCUUUCGAAUAUGAUGAUGAGUUCACGCUCACCCUGAGCGACUGGAAUCAUCAGCAGAUGCCGGACUUGCUCAGUGGGCCCGUGGUGCGUGGAGGCAAAGAGCCCUUCCCCGACUCGGCAUUGAUCAACGAUUCAAGCAACACGAAGAUCAAGGUGCUGCCGAACAAAACGUAUCUUGUUCACAUUGUCUGCAUUGGAAACUGGCCCGGCCACUUCUGGGUGAUCGAUGGCCACGAGAUGACUGUGGUGGAGGUUGACGGCGUCUAUACCGACCCCUACCCUGCUGGUGACAAGUUCCUGCGCGUUGCAACGGGCCAGCGUAUGAGCGUGUUGAUUAAGACCAAAGAGGAUGCCAGUAAGAACUUUGCAAUCUGGGAUACUAUGGAUGUCAACAUGAUGUUUUUCUUCGAGAACCGUACCAUGCCCGAAAACUACAACCCCAAUGCCACCGCCUGGUUGGUGUACGACGAGGCCAAGCCCUUGCCCGAGCCUCCCGUCUUCAACAGCAUCGACUUCAAUGAUGACUUUGUGGAUGAUGUCACCUUGGUCCCAGCAGACCACCAGCCCUUGCUCGAGCCCGUGGACCACCAGAUCAUUCUAGAUACCGGCGGCGCUUUGGUGGACGGUGUUCCUCGCUUCACUGUCAACAACAAGACCUAUAUCGGGCCGAAGGUGCCAUCUCUAUACACUGCCAACACCGUCGGUGCCGAAUUUGCUUCGAACCCCGAAGUAUACGGCCAAGUAAACCCCUUCAUCCUGAAGCACAACGAGAUCGUCGAAAUCGUGAUCAACAACCACCACAACAACCUGCACCCGUGGCACUUGCACGGUCACCAGUUCCAGGUUCUGCAGCGCACCCCAGUCGAUGGCGGCUUCUACACUGGCCUAUCCAGCAACGUCUCCGCGACCCCGAUCAGACGCGACACUAUCAUGGUACAGAACAACGGUCAUGUCGUCAUCCGCUUCAAGGCCGAUAACCCAGGUGUCUGGAUGUUGCACUGCCACGUCGAGUGGCACGUCGAAGCUGGUCUAAUGGCCACCAUCAUCGAAGCCCCCGAGACCUUCCCGAACACCGUGCACGCUCCCCCGAAGAGCCACUACGACGCCUGCGCAGCUUACCCCCAACUAGUUAGUGGCAAUGCCGCCGGCAACGAGGGCCUUGACUUGACCGGGCUUAACACUACAGCUACCAUUGGCGGCCACGGUGCUGUGUAUACCAACGAGAAGGGGACCAAGACUCCCGCUUCUGCGCACUCCUCUUCCCCCGUUGCGCACCCCUCUCAGCAAUCGUCACAAGCACCAGUGGCCAAGCCCUCCACCAAGCCUUCUGCACCUGAGCCUGACUCCCCGCACUACUAUCAUGAGCAGCCGCCGGCGGCACCCAACCCAAACGACGAAUUCGCUGACGGUGAGGGUUUCUGGCCAGCUCCUCACACGGACGAGACGACUGUCUCUAUCGACAGUCCUAAUGAGACGCACGAUCACCAUGUCACUAUCCACGAAGAGUCGACCAAGGGUCUGUGGCCGAACCAGAAUACCCACAGCGGCUAUGUUAUCGACGGUGACAACAAAUAUCCCAUCAGAGACUCUAAUCGUGGUGAUAUCUUAGACGAGCUCAAGGAUUGGGAGUAG